GGCAAAAAUAACCAAAAACUGAGUCAAACCGGUUAGCCGAACUGAACCAAACUAAAAUUAACUGAAUCAUUGCAUUAUUUAUUGAACCAAACCGUUAUUUUAAAAACAAUUCACUAACUGAACCGAACGGUUAUUAAACUCGGUUAAUUGUUGUGAACCGAACUGAACCAUUACAUCUCAAUUAAUCAUAUCAGUUCUCACUUCUCACUAUUCUGAAGAGAAAAAAAAAAUCAAUUUCAAUCCAAUUCACCUCUUCUUCUCUGAUUCUCACUCAAUUGAAGCUAGCUCAUAUGAACGGAACCGAAAUUUGACCUCAUUGAUUUUGCGAUUCUCACUCUUCUUCUUCUGGACUUUUCUGCGAUUCUCACUCUCACCUCUUCUGCGAUUCCUAAGGUUAGACAAUACACACUGGAAGGUUGAUGGUAUUACUGAACUCUGCGUCAACAGCAUCGUUGUUAUUAGCCACCACAAGGAGGGUUUACAACUACCAUCUUUCUACAUAUACACUCAUGGCAUCCUCAGCUGUGGAUUGCAGUUUGUUGGUUCUAUGUGGCAAAUCACUCGCAGAGAAUGAAACUGCUAUAGCUAUUAAGACCAAUAACACUCUCAAGCUCCCUGACAAGAAAGAACUAUCCAUUAUUUUACAUUCAGAGUUCAAUAAAAGUGUUAUACAACGACAAUCCUUCCAAUUUAGUUCAUUCAUGAAUUCUCUUUCUACCAAUCAAUUUGGCAGGCUUCUCAUAUGGUCUCCUGAGUUAACUUCGACACAUGAUGUCGUUUCACACAACUUUUGUGAGCUUCCGGUUGGUACAGUAUGUGUUGGUGAUAUCCAGAACAAGGGAAGAGGUCGGUCAAAGAAUGCCUGGGAGUCUCCAUUAGGUUGCCUGAUGUUUUCUUUUACUCUGCAAAUGGAGGAUGGACGGAUCGUUCCUUUAGUUCAGUAUGUUGUUUCCUUGGCUAUCACAGAGGCAAUCAAGGAUAUCUGUGACAAAAAUGGAUUGCCGUGCGUUGAUGUUAAAAUCAAGUGGCCAAAUGAUCUUUACUUAAAUGGAUUUAAAGUUGGAGGCAUUCUUUGCACCUCAACGUAUAGAUCAAAGAAGUUCAAUAUCAGUGCAGGAAUAGGAUUGAAUGUCAAUAAUGAGAAGCCAACAACAUCCUUAAAUACAGUUCUAAGAGAAUUGUCUGUGGGAGCUUACCAAUUUCAAAGAGAAGAUGUUCUGGCAGCCUUUUUUAACAAAUUUGAGAAGUUUUUCGAUCUAUUUUUGAAUCAAGGAUUUCAAACCCUAGAGGAACUAUAUUACAAGACAUGGUUGCACAGUGGACAGAGAGUUAUUGUACAAGAAAAGAACGAGGAGAAAGUAGUCGAACAUGCGGUAACUAUUCAGGGUUUGACGUCCUCGGGAUAUUUGUUGGCAGUCGGUGAUGACAACCAAAUGUGUGAGCUCCACCCUGAUGGUAAUAGCUUUGACUUUUUCAAAGGACUGGUCAGAAGGAAACUUGACUGAAUAAGAUUACACGGCUCAUGUCACAAGAGGCAGCAUAUCUUGUGUACUUUUCUACAAAUUAACUAAGGAUUAGCAUUACAGCUAAAAAAAUUAAUAAAUCAAAUGUUUCUUAUGCUUUUGUGAUUAGAAUUAUAGAGCUUUUGUAUUCUAGUUUGAAUUUCCCUCAAACUUAUCACGCUUUUUCCUUGUCUGGUCAGGCAACAUAUUCUAUAUUAUGUAGUUGCAACUAAAAUAAAUUAUAUUAUUUUCUAUGAAUAGAACCAAGCUCAUGAUUGUUUAGUUAA